GCCUCGAGGUGCGAGCACGCGGAAGGCCUGUACUGUACCCGUUAAAACCCCGGCAAAUCCCCUCCCAUCUCUCGCGCUGCCUCUCUUUUCUCCCAUCCCACCGCUCACCAUGGCCGCUAUCGACGAGGCCUCUGGCCGCCGGGCGGCCAGCUGCUUCUUCGAGGUCGGCCAGCGCGAGAUCGGCUUAUCCAGCUCCCGCGCUUCGUCCUGCCGAAUCAGCGGCUCCGAGGGCCUAAUUGUGCGGAUGAGCCAAUAUGGAAAGUUGCGAGGUCAUAGUGGCUGUGUUAAUACUAUAAGCUUCAAUCCUGCUGGUGACCUCCUUGUGUCUGGUUCAGACGACACAGACAUCAUACUAUGGGACUGGCUUGCUAAAACUGAAAAACUAACUUACCCUUCUGGACAUCAACAAAAUCUCUUUCAUGCUCGUGUGAUGCCAUUUACAGAUGACAGCACCAUUGUGACCGUUGGUGCUGAUGGCCAGGUUAGGGUGGGACAACUGAAGCAGGGUGGUGAGUUCAUAACCAAACAAAUUGGGGAGCAUCAUGAUCGUGCGUAUAAGAUGGCUCUCGAACCAGGAAGUCCUCACAUACUUUACAGCUGUGGAGAGGAUGGCUUGGUACAACACUUUGACCUGCGCAGUGAUUCACCAACAAAGCUUCUCACCUGCUAUUCAUUCUCAAAUAGAAGGCGCCGUGUAAGACUGAAUACCAUUGCUAUUGACCCACAGAACCCUAAUUAUUUUUCGAUCGGUGGCUCCGAAGAGUAUGUACGGCUGUAUGAUUUUAGGAAAAUAAACUUGGAGUCUUCAAGCAAUAUGAACCUACCAGUUGAUACCUUCUGCCCUAAGCACCUUCUUAUGGGUGGGGAGGUCCGUAUCACUGGCAUUGCAUACUCUUAUUCAAGCGAGUUACUUGUCUCAUACAAUGACGAGCUUAUCUACCUGUUCGAAAACUAUAUGGGUCUUGGUCCGAAUCCUGAAUCAACACAGCCAGAGCAUUUGGACAAGCUCGAGCAGCUACAGUCAUACUCUGGUCACAGAAAUUUCAGAACUGUUAAAGGAGUCAGUUUCUUUGGACCCAAUAAUGAAUAUGUUUUGAGUGGGUCAGACUGCGGGCAUGUGUUCAUUUGGAGGAAAAAGGGAGGUGAAGUGAUGAGGAUCAUGCGCGGUGAUAAACAUAUUGUUAAUUGCAUCGAACCCCAUCCGCAUUUUCCCUUCCUAGCUACUAGUGGGAUAGACAACACGAUUAAGAUUUGGACACCUUCGUCAAGCAAAGUGAUGCAAUUGCCUCAAUAUGCAAAUAAAGUAAUAGCUUCAAACUGGCGGGAGAGGCAAUUCUAUGCCUCCCGAGGAGAAGUGACACUUUCAGCUGACGUCAUGAUGCGUAUCUUAAGAUUGCAAAGUACACAAUCUGAACUGUACGCAAAUCAUGAACCAUCUGCUGCCGAUUUCGCAACUGGUGGCGAUGAGACUUUCUUCAUUGGGCUUGGUGAUGGUGAUGGGAACCAAAGAUCGAACUCUGAUCCCAGGGAAUGCAUUGUGACAUGAGGCCAUGUGUUUUUAGGUUGCAACUUCACAUUCAGUGAUAUUUUAGUGGCGGAAAACUGAUUGGCAGUGUGUCACAACCUGCUACUUAUUUUUUCUGUUAUUGUGUUAUUAGUAUGUUAGUAUGUUCAAAUCUGUACUCAGUCUAGUAAAACAAAGGUGUUCCUUGUUUUUUUAAAAAAAAGGAGGAUGACCCCAAGCCUCUUCAUCUA